CGAGCGCCCCGCUGCAGCGCCAAGUUCUCAGGCAGGUGGCCGCAAGCAAUGGAAGCUCGGAGGAGGGCCAGGCCAGGCCAGGCGGGAGGCGGCGCUGCCUGAGCUAGGACGGCCCUGCUCCGCGGAAGCCUGCGAGCGAGCUGGCCACGGCAGCAACCGGAGUCCUCUGCCGGCUCAGCCCCGGCGGGUCCCCAUGAGGCGGCGGGCGGGGGCGCUUCGGGGCUCCUGCAGGAACAGCGGCGGCAGCGAGCGGCGCCCAUGACUUGGACAAGCAGCAUGAGCAGCGGCUACAGCAGCUGGGAAGAGGAGUCCGAGGAGUUUUUCUUCACCGCCCGCACGUCUUUCUUCAGGAGCCCCCUCGGCAAAGCCAACCAAAGUCUGCAAGAUGUUCAGAAAGAGAAAGAAACUCAUACUUACCUCACCAAAGAAGCAGUCAAGGAAAAAAUCCAAAUUUACAAUUCAGAUGUUACUGACAAGCUAAAGAUGACCUUGAACUCCAAUGGGGUGUACACUGGCUUUAUCAAAGUUCAGAUGGAAUUGUGCAGGCCUAUCACAGUAUGGGCUUCUAUGAAUCCAGGAAAACACAUCAUCAACAAUGAGACAGCUUUUUACUUACCUAAGGGCUACGUGAAUACUCUUCACAUUAGCAGCACUAAUACUGUCCGUGAAGUUAUCGAGGCUCUGCUGAAAAAGUUUCUGGUGGCUGAUAAUCCUGCUAAAUUUGCGCUUUAUAAACGUUGUCACAGGGAAGAUCAAGUUUAUAUGUGCAAGCUUUCAGAAACGGAACAUCCCCUUUAUUUGCGAUUGGUGGCAGGCCCAAGAACAGAAAUGCUUAGUUUUGUUCUGCGUGAACAUGAAACUGGAGAAGUUUUGUGGGAAGCCUUUAGCCUUCCUGAACUACAUAACUUCUUGCGUAUACUGGACAGAGAAGAAGAUGAACAACUACAGAACUUAAAAAGGCGCUAUGCAGCAUACAGAGACAAACUUGAAGAAGCUCUUGGUGAAGUUUGGCAACCACCAGGUUAAAAUGGGACAAAGGACACUCAGGGAAAAUUGCAUUACUAAAUACUAUGUAUCAUGCCAAACAUACUACACACACAGCAAGGAUGGUUGCCUCUUUAAAACAUAUGACCAUUUUUGAGGCCAAGAGAGAACUUUUGCAAAGAAGAGGUCCCACAAAUCACAUUCUUAGCAUCUUGCAUGUAGACACAAAGAGAUGGCAGUACUGUAUUACUUGUACAUCUCUCUUUUGUGUGCUUUGUCUUUCCGAGCUUUCUUUAUGGUCAUUGUGACUCUGUGAUGUCUCUUUGAAAUUAGACAUAAUGAAACAUUCUUUGCUUUAAUGUUCAUUUGUGGCUUUUGAUAAAAAGUUGUGGGUAAAAAUUUUUCUUGCUAUGUAUCAAAAAUUAGUUUUGAUCAAGGAGUGUUAUUUCAAAUCCAGUCUCUUUAAUUUGUAAAGAAAUCAUUUUUAUCACAAGGAAUCAUAAAUGGUUCCAAAUGUGCAGAAGACGUUAAAACAAUUUUACUGAAGAAGUUACAGAGGAGGUUGGAAAUAAGGUAAGAGAUAGAGAAAAGAAAUGGAGAUUUUGAAAUGGAAGACAAACAGUUGAUCCUGGAAGUCUGUUUUUUCAGUUGGAAAGAAGAUGAGUUUUUGCUGUUUGGGAUUACUGAAAUUAAUAUAUUCAGAGUUGUUUUUGAGAUAAGGUUUACGAUAGUGGAAACUGAACUGCAGUAGUUUGUGAAGGGCAAUGCACGCUUUGGUCCCAGUCUUCUAUGAGCUUUAUGAUUUACUAAGUAUUUGGCUGACGUUUUCAUGAGUAAAACAUCAGCAUUAAAAAAAUAAUCCAGCAUUUGUCUAAUUCAUUGAAUGUCUAAAUGUGCAGAGAAAUUGAUAUGGGUACAUAUAAAAUAGUGGUGUUUCUUAUUUUUGAAAAUCAGUGAGUUGAAUCUAGAGAUCCAUGGUAUAAGGAUUACGGGUAUUUUCCUUGUUCUUUUCCUCCCAACAGUUCUUUCUUAUCCUGGAAAAGUUGCUUUUUAUGGGGCAGUAUUUGCAUGAACUAUUUAACUCCACAGGCAGAAGAGGUUAGAGGGACAAUUUUGUUCCCUUCCCUUCUUCAGCGCAGCUCAUCUCUUCCUACAUGAAUUUAACUUUCCUGGGUUCAGAUAGGGCUGAUGGGAGUAGUGCCUUCUGCUGAUGGACUGCUGGAUUAGACCCCUCUUAUGUUUUGUAUCUAAGUAGGCUGGGAAAUAUGUAUAUGGCCCUGUGCUUUGAGCAAUUUGAAUGUUUUAAUUUAGGGUUUCUGCUUAAACUUUAAAUAGUUCAGAAGCCGACUAGGGUUCUGUAUGCAGCUCAACCAAACAUAAGGUAAAUAGAGAAGAGAAUCUUGCCAUUGACUAGCUAUAUAUUUUUGUCUAGAAGUAUUUAAGUAUAUAGGCUAAAUGAAACCAAAGAUAUGGUGUGCAAUACAAAUCUAUACAAAUGAGACUUGUUCUAAUUUUUUAAAAAAUAUUUUCAGCUCCCCAGGGAAAAUAAUUAUUUAGAAAACUUUGUAAGUUUUGAAAAAAACUCAUGAGCAGCCAUCAUUUUGCUCCUAAUUAUUUGGCCAGUAUUUUUGAAACUUGCCUGCCACUUUGGUGUCACCUAGUGGAUAUUAUAUGCAACACCAAGAUAUGUUCUCUUGGGAACACGUGCCUUCAUUUUAAUCUUAGAUGCUUCUUACCCGUCUUCCCUCCCCAAAAGAAACACACCAAGGUUUCUAAUCCCCAAUUACAUAUGUGCAAAGACAAUCUUGAUAUUUUUGAAGUGUUAAUAGUUAGUGAUCACAUUCUCAGUACCAUGAUUUGUUCUUUUUUUCUUUCCCAUGUAACAUUGUAGUACCUUGGAUGGAAUGUUAUUUUUUUGGGAACAAAGCAACAUUGCAUUAUAUGGUGGUACAGGGAUGCUUAUACAUCAGCCAGGAUGAUUUUUCUAGUACUGUAGCAUACUUACCUGUUGAGAGGUUACUGUUCCUCUGUUGUCACAACAAAAACAGCCCUUUGAUAAUGGAAGCGGUAACAUUUAUAAGCUAUUUACUGCUCCCACUUGUGCAUAAAGUGGGGAUCAGAGUGCCUCCACCUGGAAUGUGCUGCCAUACACAAUUGAGCAGUUCCUGAGAUAAUGUGCAUUCUAAACAUGGCUUCCAGUGAAGUAUUCCUUGAGGUAAGGGCAUUUUAACAUACAACAUGUGAGAACAGUUCAGAACUGGCAUUAUGAUUCAUUUAGUUUUAUACAUAAAGUCAUUGUUUGCUAUUAAAUAUCAGACAUUUGUUGUUGAGUUAAAUACUGUUUGAGUCCAGAGAGGACAAUUCUAAAAGUAUGUGAAUUUUUAUUUUUACUUGAAUGUUUAAGUUUCUUUACUCCAAAUCUUUGUUUGGUAUCUUAUGCACUACAGGUUUAAGUAGAGUGGAAAAAAGAAUUUGUUCAAACAUUCUUAGACGUUUUACAAAAUACCUGCAAAAACACUGGUUAGUUCAACUUUUAUUUAAUUUAAAAGAAUAGGUCAAUAAUGACCCAAAAGGUUUUUUAAAAUUUUGUUUUAGUAGCCUAUUAUUGAUCUGUCAGGUAUGUUGCAAAAUCUGUAUAUUGUCUAUUUAGUGGUACCUGAAUGAAGUGUAAAUGAAAUGAAGACAGUGUAGGGAAACACUGAAAACAGUUUUUUUUUAAAAAAAACUAUUUAUUUCAAAAAGCUUUUCUUUUUAUAGAGAUUUGAUUCCCUGCAAAGAUGUUAUAAUAGCAAGUUGUGAUUCCAUCAUUAAAGCUGAAGUUGAUACAGAUGA